GACCAACCGGUCGAUAUUUCCUACAGACCUCGCUCCAAAGACAUCAUCCUGAUGAAUAUACCACGAAUUCCAUCUCACCGCCAGGAAAAUUGAACAGGCCGAGAGAAGUUAUCGUAGGCAAUACACUCGGGCUGGCCCAGCUCGAUAGGGACAGCCCGACGACAUCCAAAGAUUUCUUCACGCGCCUAUCUCCGUCCAUGCUGUCGCCGCGGGUCAUACCUCACUCUCGAUAUGCUUCCUUCCGGUGACUGAUCGCUAAGGAAUGAAUAGAUCAAUGCUCACAAGGAAGGCCGCGCCUGCUGAGGCCGGUCAGUUCAUGUUGACACCUUUACAGUUCAAGAAGCCUCUUUGAAGGUCCACGUUAAGACCAUCGGACAUCCGUACUCCUACGUUGCUACAACUCGCGCCAUCAUGAUCACUACAGCCACUUUGAAUCCAAGGAGCCUCCGCUUCGGCAUGAUAACACCGUCCUCCAACACGGCGCUCGAACCCCUUACGCAACAGAUCGUCUCUCAAAUACCCGGUGUUUCAGUCCACCUCUCACGCUUCCGAGUACUGAAGAUUGCGCUCGACAACGCUGGUCUGGCACAAUUUGACAAUAGUGCUAUUCUGCAAGCCGCCGAGCUCCUCGCAGACGCCAAGGUUGAUGUGAUCGGCUGGAGCGGGACGUCCUCAGGAUGGCUCGGCUUCGAAGCCGACGAGAAAUUGUGCAACGAAAUCACAGUUGCCACGGGUAUACCUGCGACGACCUCGGUCCUUGGGCUGAACAGGCUCAUUUCGCAUAUGGGCAUCAAUGAGAUGGGACUGCUCACGCCGUACACGAAUGACGUUCAGGAGGCCAUCACCCGGAAUUACCGUAGUAUUGGGGUCGACUGUACCGUGGAAAAGCACCUGGGAAAGUCGGAUAACAAGAGCUUUGGCUACAUCUCGGAGAAGACGCUGGACGAAGGGUUCUGGGAGCUUGUGGGAACAGAGCAUAGGAUAUCUGCGGUUACCGUGUUUUGUACUGGACUCAAGGCAGCACAAUUGGUGGACGGUUGGGAGCAGAAGUCGGGAGUCAUUGUCCUAGAUACGGUGGCUACGGUGCUGUGGGAUAUGUGCAGGAUAGCCGGAGUUGAUACAAAUGGUAUUGAGGGCUGGGGCAAGCUGUUCAAGCAAGGUUGAACACGUCUGUUGACGCUUCUUCUGUUUUUGAUAGAGCAAGUACUGCUAUUGUCAGUGGCUUUCAAGGAUUUGUUCGCCCGCCUGGCCUCCCGAGAAAUAAUCUCCUAUAAUACUGUACAGCAACAAAAGAGC